AUGAGCUCUGUCAAUGUGUCCAGAGCGCCUGAGAGCGACCCCAUCACUUGUACAGCUAUGCCUCCACCACCCUUUCCACUCCCCGUUCACACAGCACCCUCUCGAAAGCCUCCAGCACCACCAGGGGUCUCCAUCCAGACACCACGGCCGUCAACAACAGAUUCUCCAACGUCGAGCAUUUCGCCAACUUCUAGGCCGCGAGCUCCGCGCCCCGUGCAGAAUACAUUCAGCUCAGCCCAAACACUUGGCUCGAUCAAAUCGUACCGCACAGCCUCGUCCAACUCGCCGCUGUACAUGUUCAAAGAUCCCAUGACGGCCGGAAAGCAGCUUCCCUUUGAGGAGCCGACGCUCAGCAAUGAGGAUUUCGAAAUCUUUUCGAAGCUCACGCACGAUCAACAGGCGAUCGAUGCUCCCGGGUUCUGGUUCAAGUCGGCGGGUAGAAUACUAUAUCUGGCGCUGCUCUUGAACAUCCUGUACUUCGGUUUCAUCGGCUGGCCGUUCUGGGAGGGCGGUGUGCACUGGUUCUGGCGUGUCUACCACGGCGACGCUGGCGAGCACCAGGUCUGGGGCCUCGUUGCCUUUCUCCUGGCUGGCUCGAUUCGCAACUUCCUGCCACAGUUCUUCUGUACAUUCGACCGCAAAGAGCCAGACUCGGACGCGGAGAAGCCCCGCGAUGCGUCUGAGUGCUGUGUCAUCAUCCCGUGCUACAAGUCGGCCGAGACGCUUCGCUCGACGCUGCCAGCCUGCCUUGCCAUCUUCAACCCCGAGCAGAUAUUUGUCGUCGCCAACGGCAACUCGCCCGUCCCACUAGACCACACUGCCGACGUGUGCGCCGAGUAUGGCGUGAGGCACGUCUGGGUACCGGUUGGAAGCAAGAUCACGGCCGAAUUUGUCGGCGUAGCGCUGGCGGCGAAGUACAAGUACUGUAUGCUGAUCGACGAUGAUGUACUCCUCCCGGCCAACCUGCCUCUCCCUACGCACCUCUUUGGGGAUCCUGAUGGCAGUAAAAAGGUGGCCUGUGUGGGCUACACCAUCAAGAGCGUCGGCGCAAACUCCUCACGCGGCACUCUCAUGCAGCAGGUCCAGGACAUUGAGUACAAGCUUGCUGGACUGGCCAAGGUCUUUCAGAGCUAUUACGGGAGCGUCAUCUUCCCUCAUGGCGCCGUCGCGCUAUGGCGUCGAGACGUGCUCGAGAAGAUUUUCCACGCUCACCCUGGAUAUCACAUCUCCGAAGAUUGGUAUCUCGGCCACACGGCGAGAGCUGCUGGUUACCGCAUUGUCAUGAACUCGCAGGUCUUUGUCGAGACCGAAACGCCGCCUCGUCUCUUCCCAGCCCUGUUCUCCAAGGGCGACUCGCGCGGCGGUUACGGCGAAAUGUCCAUCUACAAGCAGCGCUUCUUCCGCUGGAACUUCUUUUUCCUGUUCCGCAUUUGGACCAACCUAGCAUACCUCAUAUUCAGUUGGCGACUGGGCUGGCGGGAGCUCUUCACCAAGGUAUGGGUGCUUGGCGAGUGUUACGAUUCUCUCAUCAUGCUCUUCGCCCCCAUUGUCCUUCCCAUCUCUCUGGCGACGAGCUGGCGCUUCACCCUGAUUGUUAGUGGCAGCGUUUUGGGUGCCAAUUUCUUUCUUGCCUGUUGGUUCAAUGUGGUUCACUUGGGACUUUUUCGAAGAUCUCGCCCCGGUGAGGAGCGGGUAGCAUGGAUUGCCUUCCCAGCAUACAUGUUUCUCAAGUUUGUCAUGCUAUUUGUUAACGUUGCGAGUGUGUACUGGAGCAUCUACGAGUAUGCGCUUUUCUUCACUCAGCAGCAUCUGAGGGUGACCGAGAGCGUUCCGGCGUGGAAGGUCAUUAGGGAAAAUACGCAACGUAGCACCCCGGAGUGAGGUGCAUCUUGCUUCAUCACAUGUUCACAUAUUUCUACAAAGGCUUCUGGAUAAUGGUGAUUAGAUAUAUUGGGAUCUGGGAUUUGGGAUUUCUUAAUGGUAUUGAUC